UAGCCAUUCCCCUUUUCUUCUUCUCUUUCCAUGGUUGUUGUUGUUGGUGGUGGUAAGUAAGGAAGGAAUUCAGAAGAGCCGUCCGUCAACUGGCGUAGACCAAGGCACCCACACCAGCACCGGCUCAAAAAAUGGCCGCUUUGGCCUUCCCUCGCCACGUUCACACCGCGCCGAGGCCUUGUUUCUUCAGCAACACACCGAAAGCCAAGCUCAGAACAAGAGUCUCCGUCCAAUCUUCGCUUACCCCUCCUCAACUGGGUUUCUCCGACCCCUUCGUUCUUGAACUCGCGGAAGCUCUCGAAGACUCCCUUUCCUCUCCUUCUUCUCCGAAGCUCUCGCCUCUAGAGAAAAUCAGGGACGUGUCCUCAGAAACCCUAUUGUCCACACCGUGGCCCUCUCGCAAAGACGAGCCCUUUCGCUUCACUGACACUUCCUUCAUCAAGAACUCCAAAAUCUACCCUGUUUCACGCCCUCCUCCACAAAGUUUGGAUGCUCCACUGGGCUCUUCCGAAGACACCCAAUUGCCCCAUCUCGCCGUCGUUGAUGGGCACAUUGUGGAUUUCGGCUCCAAUUUGAGUGGUCUGCCUGAUGGGGUGUAUGUGGGCAGCUUGUCGAAUGCGACCUCAGAGAGUCUUGUCAAGCGGGUUGGUGAGUUUGUGAGUAAUUUCGAUUGGGGAGACUUGUUUUGGUCCAUAAAUGGUGUCGGUGCGCCGGAUUUGGCAGUUGUUUACGUGCCCGCCGGUUGCCGGGUGGAAAACCCGGUUCAUUUGACGUAUUAUUCUGUUGAGGCUAGUGAUGAAGGGUCGAAUAAAUUGCCGGUUUCAAAUCCGAGGGUGUUUGUGUUGGUAGAGAAAGGAGGGGAAGUUGAUAUAGUUGAGGAGUUUAUGGGUGGUGAUGGGAAUAGAUGUUAUUGGGCUAAUCCUGUUCUAGAGGUAGUGAUUGGAGAAGGUGGCAAAGUUAGACAUUCUUAUGUGCAAAAUCAAUCUCCAUGUGCUGCUCAUAUUAAGUGGACUUCGGUUCGGCAGUUUAACCCCAUUUUCCAGGAAGCGGAAAGUAGUUAUCAACUCGUGGAGGUUAGUAGUGGCGGGAAGUUGAGCAGGCAUAAUCUCCAUGUGCAGCAACUAGGGCCUGACACAAUGACAGAGCUAUCCACUUUACACUUGGCCUUCUAUGAACAGACUCAAGAUUUACAUAGUAGACUAGUCUUGGAUUAUCCACGUGGUAGCUCCCGUCAGCUUCAUAAGUGCAUUGUGGCAAACUCACAAGGACAGGCAGUAUUUGAUGGAAACGUUAAGGUUAACAGAUAUGCACAGCAAACAGAUGCCGGACAACUGACAAGAAGCCUGCUACUCGAACCCCGUGCGACUGUAAAUGUCAAACCCAACCUCCAAAUCAUAGCCGACGAUGUCAAGUGCUCCCAUGGAGCUGCAAUAAGCGACUUAGAAGAAAGCCAGCUGUUCUACUUCCAAGCACGCGGCAUUGACCCCAAGACAGCAAGAAAGGCGCUAGUUUUCUCUUUCGGAGCCGAGGUGGUAUCGCAGCUGCCCAAUUCUUUCGUCCAGAAGAAAGUCAAGAAUCAAAUCAGAGAGUUGCUGGAUCCACAGUGAAGAGACUGUCACUAAGAGAAGUUUUCAGGAAUCUUGUGCCUUUUUUCUCAUUUUCAAUUAUUUUGGUACUCCUUGGCACUUCCUUUCCACCAUUGCUCCAAAUUGUAUUGCAAAUAUUUCAGCAGAUUGGUAGAAAUGAAAGUGUAGAUUUUGUGUUCUCGUAAUCUCACCUCACGUACUGAUUGAUAGAAGCAGUUAAUAAAGCUCCCUUAUCUCGUUCCGUGCCUAAA